GUUGGUCAUUCCUUAUAGAUGUCUGGAAAUGUGGAAAAUUUUGCCAUAAUUUGUUACCACACAAUUUUCAUACUUUGAAAGUUGAAUCCCAGAAGAAAUCUAUGUACUCAUCUCCUCCCCCCAAAUAUAUAUAUAUAUACCGGAAAAAUUUGGUAACCUGUUUCUCCUUUCCCUUCUUCAACGGCAAUAGCAUAUAAGGAGACCCUCCAUUUAUUUCUUUGAAGAACAAUAAAUUGGAGGAUUUGUUUUACUUUUUUAUAAAUAUUUUGGGGGGAGAAGUUCCCUAGAAGAUGAUAAGAUGGUGGUGGGUUUCUGCUUUUCAAUUAGUCGAGCUGUUUGUUAGCUCAAUGGUUCAUCUUUUAUAUGGGUUUUAUGUAUAUAGCAUUGUUGUUGAUGGGGACCUUCCUCAAGCUUUGAGUGAUAGGAUUUUCAAGUCUAAUGCAAGUUUAGAGGUGAAAAGACAAGAUCCCAGUAAAACCAACGUUGAUGAUCUCCCUCCUAUUGUUUUGGUUCAUGGCAUUUUUGGUUUUGGCAAAGGAAAAUUUGGAAGUGUUUCAUAUUUUGCAGGGGCUGAGAAGAAAGACGAGAGGGUCCUUAUGCCUGAUUUGGGUUUUUGUAGAAAUUUGGAAGUGUUUCCUUUUGUGUUUCAUAUCCCGCAUCGUCGAGAUACUAUAAGAUGGCAGGAUAAGCUAUAUAUAAAACAAGCGGGCUUGUGCAGUUCGAAACAUAUUUUUCUUGGCAUUUUGGCUAAGAGUCGAGCUUGA